AUGACCGUUAUUGGCCGUCUAGGUGUUGCACCCGAAGAAGUCACCAUAUCCGGCGACAGGACACUAGUUCGAUACAUAGUAGGAACAAACUACGGCAAGGGCGAUGACAAGAAGACCAGCUGGUUCCGGAUUGCGAGUUUCGUACAGGGAGCACAGAAGGAUUUCCUCAUGAACUUGCCAAAGGGAUCGCUACUCUAUGUUGACGCUGAUGCGCGCAUGGAGACGUACCUUGACGCUGAGGGCAACAAGAAGAGCAACUUGAGCUUGGUUGCACGCAACUUCGACGUCUUAUCUCGCCCUCGUGCUACUGAGGAGACGGAGACUACGGACGAGGGUCUUGUUCAGGAAGGUUAG